AUAAAACGGCUAUCUCAACAGAACGGACCAUUCUGGUCAUAUCAGAUAUGGGGUCCCCAGUCAAAAUCCCUAUUUUUUUCUUAAUUUUUAAAUUUCAUUUGCAUUUCUCGACAAGAAAAUAAUAAGUCUCCCCUGCAGCAGGAUUGCUAGAAAUAAUUUUUGAAAUUUCUGAGCCAGUUUUGCAGUGCAUGCGCAAACAAACAAACAAACGGACACACCGCCUUAGUGCAGAUGUGUUCUGUUCCGGGAGUACUCUGUCUCUGUAACAGAUCUCGUUUUCACUCACAAGUCCUGACCUUUCUUUCUCACUUACUAAAAAACUUCGCACUUUCAAUUUCUCUCUCUCUAACUGGCUGAGUUACUCUCCUUGUGUGUUGUAUGAAAGAAACCCAUCAAUCCUCUCGAAGUGCAAGUGAAAGUUUGGGCAGUGAGAGAUCUGGGAAGCCUUAAUAAUCGAAGCGGCUGGUUUUUUGGCUUUUGGGGGAUCUUUCAGGACGGGUCCUUCUUAGGCUGCUUCUUUUAUGUGAUUUGCUCUUUGAAGCUGAAUGGAUUUGUUCUUUUUAGCUCAUGCACUGAAGGCGUACCAUUGGAGAGUAGCAUUUGCUCUGAAUUCGGUUUUUUCCUUUCCUAUUCAGUUUUGCUUUUUUGGGUUUCUGCCAUUGAUGACUUCUUGUUAAGUAGAGUAUGUUUUUCAUGCACCUUUGCUUGAGCGAUAAAGUGAAAAACUUUGGGGAAAUUUGGCAAGUUUGUGGUACUUUCAUUGCAAACGGAGUUCUUGCCUUUAAACAUGAUUAUUUCAUUGCAAAUUUGGCAAUUUUGUUUUUGAUUGUUUGGAUUUUUGGUAUUUUAACAACUGGGGUUGUGAGGAAAUCUUUACUGCUCUUUAAAAGCCAUAAUUGUGAAAGAUUUGGGGGUGGUUACUGCUCGAAGAAAAUGCGAUACAGUUUCAUUCAUUCCAGCAAUAGGGAAGAGAUUCUGCUAUCGGAUGCAUUAAUAUUCUGAUCAUGACCAAGGCUGUGAGGGAUAGGAUACUCAAGGAUGCCAAUGGUGAUAUCAGUGAUCAUCUGCGCAACCAUAUUCACUUGACUAACUGUAUUCACUUGAAGAACCAUAUGCACAAGCAAAGUCCUAUAUUAGCUGAUAGGGCCCUCACGAGGGACCUUAUUGUCCUUCAGAGGUCUCGAUCCCUCCGGGAUCCUUCUGCUAGUCCUCCCUCGUGGCAUUCACCUUCUGUUUUGGAUUUACUCCCCAAGAUAGGUGAGAAACGUUCAAUAAUUCGAGAGGGGAGAAGGUCAGUUGGGAAUGAGCAGCGGAUGGAAGGUAGGAGGUUAUCUGGAAGUUCACCACCCUUAGCAAAUGUUGCACCAUCAAAAGUAGCUCCAGAUGAGGACAGUGACGGCAAUGAUGGGGUAGCAGCCGUCAGUGAGAGGAGUGGGAAGAGUGGAGUUCGGGAUGCAAGAAAAGUUAGGAGGGAAGAAUCUGGAAGAAAGAGCAGUCGGACUGAUCUUUUGGGUGGCGAUGAGGAUGCUUUAAGAGACCAAGAGGGUUAUAGUUUAGCUCAUGAUGUUGUUUCUCGGGGUUCUCAAUCUAAAGGUAGAAUGAAUAGACAAAAGGGGAAGCAUAGUCAAGAAGUUCCUUUAAAGACCCUUUCCGAUCAAUUGAAUGAUAUUCCGGUUGAUAGUGAUGAUUUAGCAUCUUCUAAAAUACAUCGGAAUGGAAGAUAUUCUAGACAAGAGAAAGCUGGUGAGGAACGUGAAGCCAGCAUCCAUGGUCAAUCAGCUGGAUUAAAUAAGGGGAAAAGACGGAAGUUUCAAGGGGCCAGAAGAGCUCGUGCUGCUCCCCCGUCAAGAGAUGUUGGUGCACAUAGCGAAAUGUCUGUUGCUUCUAAUUCAUUUACACAAGGUUCAGUGCAUCCAAAACAUCACAUGGAGGUUGCGGAUGACUAUGGCGACCAAAGCGUCACAAGGGCUCCUAAGAAUGGCUGUGGAAUACCAUGGAAUUGGUCUAGAAUUCAUCAUAGGGGUAAAACGAUCCUUGACAUUGCAGGAAGGAGUUUGUCUUGCGGUCUUGCAGAUUCCGGAUUAAGGAAAGGUGGUAUGGCUCCUCGUGGGAGAGAUAUUAGUGGGAUGCCUGUGGCUUCAGAUCAUUCAAGUUCAUCUAAUAAGUCAGAUGCAGAGGCAUUGCCUCUACUUGUUGAGGCAUCUGCAUCUCAGGGAAGUACUGAUAAUGUUCAUUGGGCACACGAUUAUUCUGGGGAAUUAGGAAUUUUUGCUGAUCAUUUGUUGAAGCAUGAUGUUGAUUCAGACCUCGCUUCUGAGGCUAGAUCUGGUGACCAACAAAAACUUCGGGGAAGUCGCCAUGGCAGGCACCAAAAUCUGACACAAAAAUACAUGCCGAGAACAUUCAGAGAUCUGGUUGGGCAGAAUUUGGUGGCACAAGCGCUGUCUAAUGCUGUAAUUAAAGGGAAGGUAGGGUUGCUGUAUGUUUUUUAUGGACCACAUGGCACAGGGAAAACCUCUUGCGCUCGUAUAUUUGCCAGAGCCUUGAAUUGUCACUCUUUAGAGGAUCCAAAACCUUGUGGCUUUUGCGAUUCUUGCAUUGCACAUGACAUGGGCAAGAGCCGAAAUAUAAGGGAAGUCGGGCCAGUCGGUAAUUUUGAUUUUGAGAGCAUUAUGCAUCUGCUUGACAAAGUGAGCAGAUCCCAUCUGCCAUCAAAGUACAGAGUUUUCAUUUUUGAUGACUGUAAUAGUCUGUCCCCUGAAUGCUGGAGUGCCAUAAUGAAGGUCAUUGAUCGAUCUCCCCGACGCCUGGUUUUUGUGCUUGUCUGCUCUAGCCUUGAUGUUUUGCCUCAUACAAUCAUAUCCAGGUGCCAGAAAUUCCUUUUUCCAAAGCUGAAGGAUGCAGAUAUUAUCUAUACUCUGCAGUGGAUCGCAUCAAAGGAAGAUAUAGAAAUUGAUAAAGAAGCACUUAAGCUCAUUGCAUCACGAUCAGAUGGAUCGCUUAGGGAUGCUGAGAUGACUCUUGAGCAACUGAGCUUGCUCGGGCAGACAAUAUCUGUUCCUCUGGUUCAGGAAAUGGUUGGACUCAUUUCUGAUGAAAAAUUGGUAGAUCUUCUUGAUUUAGCAUUGUCCGCAGACACAGUACAUACUGUGAAGAAUUUGAGAGUGGUAAUGGAAACUGGCGUGGAGCCUUUAGCUUUGAUGUCGCAGCUUGCUACAGUUAUAACUGAUAUACUCGCUGGUAGCUAUGAUUUGACAAAAGAAAGGCACAAGAGGAAGUUUUUCCGGAGGCAACCUUUGUCCAAAGAAGACAUGGAAAAACUGCGCCAAGCUUUAAAAACUUUAUCUGAGGCUGAAAAGCAACUGAGGAUAUCAAAUGACAAACUAACAUGGCUAACAGCUGCAUUGCUUCAACUUGCUCCUGAUCAGCAGUAUAUGUUACCUAGUUCUUCUGCAGAUACUAGUCUUAAUCAGAGUCCCUUUGCUCUAAAUAAUGCUGGUGGAAGAGGUAUGGCCAGAAGAGGUGGCGAGCAUUCUGAGAUGCCCGGCAACGAGAGGGGCUUGUCAGCAAAUGUUAGAUUGGAAAAUUAUAAAGCUGGAGGUUCCGGUGAUGCUGUUGAUAAUAGUAUGAUGACAGGUAUUCCCAUAGAUAGGAAAAGACAUGCUGGGCCAAAAUUAGUUCCUCAGCGGACAUUGGCACUCACUUCUGAUAUGUUUAAAGUGAGUGAUAGACAUAUUCCAAGCAAAAGUUCUGAGGCAAUUGAAGAAAUUUGGUUGGAGGUGCUUGGGAUGAUACAAAUUAGUAGCGUAAGACAUUUCCUGUACCAACAAGGAAAGCUGCUUUCUGUCAGUUUUGGUGCAGCUCCAACUGUGCAGCUGAUGUUCAGCUCGUAUUUGACCAAGUCAAAAGGAGAGGAGUUUCGAGAUCACAUUUUACAUGCAUUUGAGUCUGUUCUUGGAGGUCCAGUGACAAUUGAAAUCCGAUAUGAUUCAAGGAAAGACACAAGUCCAGGUCAUCUGCCGCAGACAUUAUCAACCUCUAAGGAUGGCUUAACUCAGAUGCCUACAGCAAGACAUUAUGAUACUACCCAAAGGGUUCCUAGGAAUGAGGAAGUUAAUGGGUUUGGCAACGAAGCCCAACUCCUGCAUUCAGAAUCUCAUGAAAUGGGAAGGAAUGAAAUAGUCGAAGUUCCCACUUCCCCUAGGGAAUUUGAAGUUGCUGAUGGUAAUGGUACACGGAUGGGAGAGGCAGGGCCUUCAAACAAGAUAUCAACAACGUCUUCUAUCUCAGGUAGAAGGAAACUUGGGGAACAGAGUCAGAGCCAGAGCAUUGUGAGAAGCAAGGUGUCCCUUGCUCAUGUGAUUCAGCAGGCCGAAGGAUGUUCGCAGAGAAGUAGUUGGUCAACACGCAAGGCAGUUUCCAUUGCUGAAAAGCUUGAACAAGAGAAUCUGAGACUGGAACCAAGUUCUAAAAGCUUGCUGUGCUGGAAGGCGUCUAGAGUUACUCGUCGGAAGCUUUCUCGUUUGAAAAUUAGGACAAGAAAGCCACAUUCAUUGCUGAAGCUGGUCUCCUGUGGGAAGUGUAUCUCAUCCCGAUCUCCACGGUAGACAGACAAGCGAGUGAAAGUUUAAUAUUUCGGCCGGCCUGCUGGCUGGCUGGCUGGCUCGGGUGGUUGAGUGGUAUGACUUGGUUUGUUAUAGUAAUUGGUGUAAUUAGCAAAUUUUCUCGUGGUUUAGAAAGUCUGUUCUGUUCUCUCUUUCAAAUUUCUUUACCCUGAAUAAAUGGUAUGAUCUCUGAUGAGAAACGUAGGAAACAAGUUUAGGGUUGUAGGUCCAUGAACAUUUUUCUUUCUUGUAUUAAUGCAAAUCAUUCAUUUUUCUGGCAUUACAGUCUGGGUCUUUCGUCUCCAUUGUAGUCUGAACAUAUAUUUAUGUACCAUAAAACGUUGAACAAGACCAUGGAAAGUCACAUUUCCAA